CCUUUGCAGACACCUGGGCUGACACAUACAGGACAGAGCAUGGCUCGCUUACAGACCGCGCUCCUGGCUGCCCUCGUUCUCCUUGCUGUGACGCUUCAAGCAACUGAGGCAGGCCCCUACGGUGCCAACAUGGAAGACAGCAUCUGCUGCCGUGACUACGUCCGUUACCGUCUGCCCUGGCGCGUGGUGAGAGACUUCUACUGGACCUCAGACUCCUGCCUGAGGCCUGGUGUGGUCUUGCAAACAUUCAGGGAUAAGGAGAUCUGUGCCGACCCCAGAGCACCCUGGGUGAAGAUGAUUCUCAAGAAGCUGAGAUAAUGAGGAACCUACUCUGAUGACCAUGGCCUUGGCUCCUCCAGGAAGGCUCAGGAGCCCUACCUCCCUGCCAUUAUAGCUGCUCCCCGCCGGAAGCCUGUGCCAACUCUCUGCAUUCCCUGAUCUCCAUCCCCGAGGCUGUCACCCUUGGUCCCCUCCAUGCUGUCACUCCCAUCUCCUCCCUGACCCAUCUAACCCAUCCUCUGCCUCCCUGCAGCCAAUAGGUCCUAUUCCCCUCAGUGACUUCCCCUGCUCACACCCUCCCAUGGCUCCCCACAGCCCUAAGCUGAGGUCAGGGCUCCCAAGCCUGCACGCGGCCCUCUGGAUCUGGGUUCUAUCCCUGUCUCCAGCCUGCCCACUUCCCUUCAUGCAUGUUAGGUUCUAGCUCCCUGUUCUCCAAACCCAUACCACACAUCCCACUUCGGGGUCUUUGCUGGGGAUGUUGCCGACACCCAGCAAGUCUCACCACCUGCACCUUUGUAGUCCCACCAGCCCUCCAAGGCAUUGCUUGCCCGAGCAGCUGGUAAUUGCAUUUCAUGUAUUAGACGUCCCCUGGCCCUCUGCCCCUCGUAAUGGCCCUAGUCAUAGUCUGCCCAGAUUCUUGGGAUUUGGGGGAUUGUCUCCCCCACUUCCCCACUUCUUGGACCAAGGUUUAUAUGUAAGUUACUCUCGUCUCCCAGCCUCUAGGAGCACUGCAGACAGGGCCUGGCUCAGAAUCGGAGUCCAGAAAGUGGCUGCAGACAAAAUCAAUAAAACUCUUGUCCCUCCCCUCUCCCUGCCAAAAGGCAGUUACAUGUCGAUACAGUGACUCAAGGUCACUAGAAAGGGCCCUGCUGGGUCAGUGUGAAGCUCCAAAUUUGCCCAGAUUCACCUUUCUUCCCCCACUCCCCCCCACUUUUUUUUUUUUAGAUGGAGUUUCGCUCUUGUCGCCCAGGUUGGAGUGCAAUGGUGCAGUCUUGGCUCACCGCAGCCUCCGUCUCCCAGGUUCAAGCAAUUCUCCUGCCUCAGCCUCCUGAGUAGCUGGGAUUACAGGUGCCUGCCACCAUGCCUGACUAACCUUUGUAUUUUCAGUAG